AUGGUCAAUUUAAAUACAAUCAAACCCAAAAAUAACAGAAAUUAUUACCUAGCAUUAGGUUUAGAAGGUUCAGCUAAUAAAUUAGGUGUCGGUAUACUUAAACAUCCAAUCCUACCAUCUCAUGAAUCAGGAGACAAUUCUCACCAUUGUCAGGCAGAAAUUCUUUCCAAUAUAAGAGAUACAUAUAUAACACCGCCGGGUGAAGGGUUCCUACCACGUGAUACAGCAAGACAUCAUAGAAAUUGGUGUGUUAGAUUGAUUAAAAGAGCAUUGGAAGAAGCCGGGAUAAAUGACCCUAGGAAUGAUAUUGAUGUUAUUUGUUUCACAAAGGGACCCGGAAUGGGGGCCCCAUUACAUUCUGUGGUUAUUGCUGCAAGAACUUGUUCGUUGAUGUGGGGUGUCGAUUUAGUGGGCGUUAAUCAUUGUGUGGGCCAUAUCGAAAUGGGCAGAGAAAUCACUCAAGCAAUUAACCCUGUUGUAUUGUAUGUCAGUGGUGGGAAUACUCAAGUUAUUGCCUAUUCAGAGAAUAGGUAUAGAAUAUUUGGCGAGACAUUAGAUAUUGCAAUUGGUAACUGUUUGGAUAGAUUUGCAAGAACGUUAAAAAUCCCUAAUGCUCCAUCACCAGGUUAUAAUAUUGAACAACUGGCGAAUAAAUGUAAAAACAAAGAUCAAUUGGUUGAAUUACCGUAUACUGUUAAAGGUAUGGACUUGUCAAUGAGUGGUAUCCUCGCCUACAUUGAUUCCUUAGCGAAGGAUUUAUUCAAAGGAAACAAGAAAAAUAAAAUACUAUUUGAUCAAAAAACUGGGGAACAAAAAGUUACUGUCGAAGAUCUUUGUUAUUCUCUACAAGAAAACCUAUUUGCAAUGCUGGUAGAAAUUACUGAAAGAGCAAUGGCACAUGUAAAUGCUUCCCAAGUAUUAAUCGUUGGUGGUGUUGGAUGCAAUGUUCGUCUACAAGAGAUGAUGGGUCAAAUGUGCAAAGAUCGUGCAAACGGACAAGUACAUGCUACGGAUGAAAGAUUCUGUAUCGAUAAUGGGGUGAUGAUAGCGCAAGCUGGUCUACUUCAAUAUAGAAUGGGUGAUGUUGUGAAGGAUUUAAAAGAAACCGUAGUCACCCAGAAAUUCAGAACUGAUGAGGUAUAUGUGUCAUGGCGGGAAUAG